UAACCCGCACUCGGAUCGGUGUGACUGUCAAAUUGCGAAGAGUGUAUAGUUUUGCUUCAUCGUCGUCGUUGCGUUUGCUUAUAAUACACAUUAUUUCGCUUAUACACGGUUCGGAUCGCUGUGAAGUUUAGCUGAGAGAAAGUAAUUAGUGCUUGGCCAAGUGCAUUAUUUUGCAGUGAGGCAAACAAAUAGUGGAAAAUUUGACCUAGUUCGGGCGGAAAAGUGUUCGAAAGCUGCGGAAAACCCGCCGGAACAUCCCGAAAAGUGAAAUCACGCAGUGACAAUGAUGGUGACGGAUCCAUAGGGAGCACCCCCGACCGAUCAGAGCAGGUGUGGAAUUUUGAGGCAUUUGGUGGAGCUGAAUAGCUCUGUCCGUGACCGAGUGGGGGGACUGGUUGUACUACGUUGCGAAGAAACAUCGGAACCGUCCAGCCGUAGGAGCCAUCGUCGGGCGGAGCAGGGAAAAUGAGUUUCUUCACCUCCUUCCAGGAGCUGCUGGACUUUGACCACUCCACAAACCUGAAUGGAUUCCACUUCUCCAACAGUCUAUUCGGAUUCGACUCCAACUCGAUACCGACGCUGGAAAACCUCCCACCACCGGUAUCGUUCGAUCCAACAACGGCGGUAACGACCAACUCGAGGGCAGCACUGAAAACACCUUCCCCCAUUCCGGAACCCGCUCCGCUGCUGGAAACCCCCAAGUACUAUCAGUUCAUCGAACCACUGCAGCCCCAGCAACAGCAGCAGCAUCAUCAUCACCAGCAGACCCCGCAGCAACAUCAGCAAACCUCGCCCGUUCCUAUCGUGUCCAAAUUUCAGCUGAAGGUUACACCCAACAAUGAAAUUUACAUUUCGAACGAAUCGGGAACAUUUUGCGAGCUGGCCGGUAGUUUCGUUCCCUCGCAGCAGCCAGAACCCGAACAGCAAACUCCACCGGUCGCCAAAACAAAUCCCCCCGAAUGCCUUGAACCGUUCGUUGAACCGCUAGCCAACAACGAAUCCCCACCGGAGCCACCCAAGACACUGUACUGCAUCGAAAAGGGUAUCAAGCGGCCCCUUUCACCUUCUGACUGUCGCUACGGUAAUUCCGGAAUUUUCCGAUCAACCGAAGCCGGCGUAUCUCCACUAAAAAAGAAAACUACCUCUACCACUAGCAAUGGCCUUUUCUGUGGCGGUUCGGAAGACGGCCCAGCAGCCAAACUGGUUGUUUCGAACGUCAUCAACAACGGGUUGAUCGUCAAUAAGAAACAUCUCUCGACCAGCGAGGAACCAUCCGGGGCGGUUACCCCGGAACGACGGAUAAUGCGACCGAAGAAGCGCAAGAAGAAAGUUGUCCAGAAGGUCGUGUUGUCAGCAAAGGUGGAACCGAUCAAUGGGAAAAUUGUCGCAAGGGUUGCUCCCGAACCGGCGAGACCACCGAUGGCAACGGUUAGGAAGGUGCCGCCUGAGGUCGUUGCUAGUAAAAGGGUGGUCGCUGGUUCUAUUAACAAUUUGAAAACAACUCCGGUUAAGGCGACGGUCACGUCGGCGGUAUCAACCGCAAGCGAUAGUACACUAAAUUUCUCCGGUAUCAAGGAGAAAGCCGCACAGGAAGCGAUUUUUGUAGAACGAGUCGAGAAAAAGGUUCCUUUGCAGGAGCAGCAACAUUCUCCUGCGCAAAUGAACACCGUAAAGUUAAGUUCGGUUCAGGCAGCGGAAAAUUGUGUGCAAUCGGCGGCUGGAACUGGGAUGAUGUCUGAGGAUGCCGGUUCCAGUCCGGCACCGGUUGAGUUGAAGGUGGUCGCCGAUUUAGUUAUGGAUAAGAAUGUGUUCGGACAUAUUUCGUUGCUGAAUAAUUCUCAUGACCGUGGCAAAACCGUUAUCUAUCAAAACCCGGUCACCAGCACCAACGUAAUCUACAGCAUCCUGAACCCCAAAUCUCUAAACCUCAAUCUCGGCGGGGUUGGCCGUGGUGCGACGGCGACACUCACCUUGCAACCGCAUCGUGGAGUUCGAAAGCCGAAAAAGCGUGGCCGAAAGAAAAAGGUCCUUCCGGAGAGCAACGGUCCCAACGGACUGGAAGGUGCCAAUCCAUUAGUGCUACCCGCUGAACCCGUCGAUCCGGACGUACCCGUUUCGGUAACCCGCUCCGGACGUCUCAGCAAACCUCCCCGCUACGCAAACAACUACUUCCAGAACAUCAAGCAUAAACCAGAGCAUUCCCCUCCCCUACCACCGCCACCGCUGCCACCUCCAUUGGUGCCAAAGUUGGAUCUACCGGGGCCAGAUCCCGAAACGGUCGAAAAACUGCCCAAUUUCUCCGCUGCCCUCAGUUCCACCGUGAGUCCGGCUGUUGUCUCGCCUGGUUCGAUCGGUGAAGCGAAACGUAAAAUGAAAGUCCCUCUGCAGUACCGAUGUGCCACCUGCAACAAAGUUUAUCUCGGCAAACGGAUGCAGAGGCACCUGCAGAAAUAUCCGUGUCACAAUUCGGAACGAGACUGUGUUGGACCGGAGCGGGAGAAGAAAACCGAAAAAGAGGAAAAAUCCACCUAUCUGUACAAGCAUUUGUUCGAUCUGCUGCAGAAGUUUACCGAAAAGGACAAAGGACGAAUCAUGCUGAAGGAAAUCAGCAAUUUUGUGGAUUUUGUGCGGGCACUGAUUCCCAGGUUGAUCACCAACGAAGAACAAAACAGCACAGUGGAAUAUAUUGAUCAUAAUGUGGCGGACGUGCUGCGGUUGAAUCACGGCAAGUACCGACUGAAAUUGUCCUCCCUGGCGGAAGAGUACGAAAAGUUGAACCAUACCGUAAGCCUACUGAACAACAACAACAACCCCAUCAACGGGGCAUCACCUCAUAACGGAUCGACAGUUCCCCUAACGAGCACUCCCAACGGAAACGCAGAUCGGCAAUCGUUCAGUUUCAAUGCCGACGAUCUGCUGAACCAAUCCAGCUCGUUUCCCAGUUUGAGUACUCUGGUAACCGAGCACAACCUACUGCUGCAUUCGAGCAGCAACAAUAAUAACAACAACGUUAUCCCAACCAACCACCACCCGCAUCAUCAGCAUCAACACAACAAUCAUCACCAGCCGCCGCCACAGACCCUACACCACAACGGUAACAACAGCCUUUACAACCACCAUCACCACCUGCCGCUGAUCGGAUCCAGCUGCCACGACGAUGCGAUAAAUAGCCUGUCCGGUUUGUGUAAGUCUCCAGUGCAGCACUCCGCCUCCGGAAUGGUCAAUGUCGCGCUGAAUCUUUACUGAAUUUGCGCUAGCGGCGGUGGGCGGUGGCGCCGAGAGAACAAUAACAAAUUGUGGGAAAAUGUCCCACUCCGCAAUCAGGAUACAAAAUUACGUUCUAACCGGAAACCUUACACAUUUCUCAGUAAAACAAUAAUACAAAGUGAACAAGUUUUAAAUUGAAUCUAAUCAGAAUACAAAGAAGGAUAAUAAAUUAAUUGGAUAGUAGUGAA